AUGGCCCGCAUUCAAGUCCCAAAGAAGGGCACCUUCAGCUGCAACAGCAGCACCGCAGAAGAGGCUGUGGAAUAUUUACGGUUGGAUGAGCCCUGGCACGGCAACGUGCUGCUGUCCUCGGAAUCUUGGAGGUGGAAGGAUUCACCUGGCAACCAUCCCACUUGGAAAUGCGGUGCAGCCAUGACCUUCCGAAACUUCUGCCGCGGCGUCAGCUGGAGGUCCAAAGUUCUUGGUGCCGUGGCGGGCUCUAAGCUUUUGCUGUGCAAAGUGACCCCUAGAAGCCACGGGGAAAGUCGCAACACGCACUGCUUUCAGGAGCCGGGCUUCAAAGAUGAGCGAGGCGUCCCAGAGCUCUUGUCCUUUGCAGCGCUCCGAGUCGCCAGCGUCUUCAUCUCCGAGACCAACAGCCCGAUGGAAGACCUCCGCGAAGAGGAUGUGGUGUUUGUGGGGAGCGCCUUUGCCUUUAAUCGGCAAAGUUUGGCCACUUGUGACAUCUGCCGGGAGGAGGACUUCCAGCUUCGAGUUCAGCAUGCGCUGCUGGGAGCGUUGCUGGGAGAUAGCUUCGCCUGGAACCGAGGUGAGCCGGCGUAG